AUGCCCGACUACGGCAAAGGCAUCAAAGAUCCAGAGGGGGGCGCGACGUCAAAGUCGCCGCUCUCCUCCUUCACCCGCUGGCUGCAGAUCAAAAAGUACCAGUACGAAGUCACGACAUCGUUAUACAUGCUCACGCCAACCGAGAAGUUUGUUUUCAAUGUCAUCAUACUCGUCCUCUUCACCCUCCUCGUCGCCGCUGCUGUUGCCUACCUACCCAACCACAUUGCCGUCAUAUCUAAUCGGCUGUGGUACUACGUGCACGGCGAAUUCCUGUACGCUACUGCCGGGACCGCGGCGCAGAGUUCUACGAAACAGGCGCUGGAGACGACGGGGAAGUUGGUACAGGGGAUGGCGAGUCAGACGGCGGAGCAGGUGGUACGGCAGGCGCACGAGCUUUAG